UGCCCCAGUGCCCUGCGCCCUCCACGGGCCAGGCCUCUGCCCACGUUGUCGGCCUCCCCUGCAUGGGGCCCUGCAGCAACCCAGGCCUGGGGCUCCCCGGGGCGGAGUCGCCCUCCCAGCCCCCCAAGAGAAGGAAGAAGAGAUACCUGCGGCAUGACAAGCCCCCCUACACCUACUUGGCCAUGAUUGCCCUGGUGAUCCAGGCCGCACCCUCCCGCAGGCUGAAGCUGGCCCAGAUCAUCCGUCAGGUCCAGGCCGUGUUCCCCUUCUUCAGGGACGACUACGAGGGCUGGAAGGACUCCAUCCGCCACAACCUCUCCUCCAACCGAUGCUUCCGCAAGGUGCCCAAGGAUCCUGCGAAGCCCCAGGCCAAGGGCAACUUCUGGGCGGUCGACGUGAGCCUGAUUCCCGCCGAGGCGCUGCGGCUGCAGAACACGGCCCUGUGCCGGCGCUGGCAGAGCAGGGGCGCGCGGGGGGCCUUCGCCAAGGACCUGGGCCCGUACGUGCUGCACGGCCGGCCCUACCGGCCGCCCAGUCCCCAGCCUCCGCCCAGCGAGGGCUUCAGCAUAAAGUCUCUCCUAGGGGAUCCCGGGGAAGGGGCGCCACGGAGCAGCCCAGGUCUGGCGGGCUCGGCGGGCAGUGGAGAGGUGGUGCCCACUCAGCCCCUGCUCUCUGAGAGGCCUCUGUGGCCCCCCUACCCCCUGCCUGGGCCCAUGAGAGCAGAGAGGGAGACUUCCCAGGGGGGAACCAGCAGGCCCUCACCCCUCUCCCCUGAGCGCAGAGCCUGGCCUCUCCACUUACUGCAAGGUACCUCAGACCCUGGGGGACUGUCCAGUGGGGGUCACAGGGCCUCACUUUGGGGGCAGCUUCCCACCUCCUACUUGCCCAUCUACACUCCCAACGUGGUAAUGCCCUUGGCUCCACUACCACCCACCUCCUGCCCCCGGUGCCCACCCUCAACCAGCCCAGCCUACUGGGGGGUGGCCCCUAAAACCCACGGCCCCCCAGGGCUGCUCUGGGAUCUAGAUGCUCUCUUCCAGGGGGUGCCACCCAACAAGAGCAUCUACGAUGUGUGGGUUAGCAACCCCCGGGACCUGGCUACCCCCACCCCAAGCUGGCUACUCUCCUGGUACAGCCUGUGA